UUUAUAGAAAACAUGCCAAAGAUGCAAAGAUACAGAGGAGUGAGGCAGAGGCAUUGGGGCUCAUGGGUCUCUGAAAUCAGGCAUCCUUUGCUGAAGACUAGGAUUUGGCUAGGGACAUUCGAGACGGCAGAGGAUGCGGCGAGAGCCUACGAUGAGGCUGCAAGGCUUAUGUGCGGGCCGAGAGCGAAAACGAAUUUCCCGGUCGAUCCAAAUGGACCAAAUAGGUCAUCGGUUUUAUCGGCGAGUCUCAUUGCGAAACUCGACAGGUGUUGUGGAACUUUGAGUGAGGAACUGAAGGGGAAGGAAGAAGAGGAAGUGAAGUGUUUGGAUGAUGAAUGCAUUGAGGAGAUGAUUCAGGAGCUCAUUUAUUAUGGUUCUGUGGAAAUUUCUUCAAGUACUUCAUCUUCUGCUUCUUUCUCUUCUGUUUGAGUUAAUAAUAAGUAUGCCUCUGUGUACAUAGAUAAUCAGAUUUUGUACCGACUAUUUCAGUGCUCGCCGAUAUGCCUGAAUGAAUUGAUCGCAGUUUUCGUAUUUUAAUACUAAAUUCAUCAAUGAACAAA